GUGUAUUCUCGCCUUUAAUUUUUAUCAGCUCCUUUUUCCAAGUAUCCUUGUCACUUUUGACUAUUUCUAGGCCAUCAAAAAGCUGCAACUUUUACAUUAGCCAUUGGAAAGGCUGAAGAACAUGCACAAGUGUUCAAUAGUGUUCUAAAUUUUCUUAUAUUUCGUGCGUCUACUCAUUAAGUGAUGGGUGUGGAAAGUUUCGAGGUUGUGUUGGAGCCUCAUCAGGAGGUGUAUUUCCCGGGCCAGACUGUCCAGGGGCAUGUGCAGGCGAGGGCUUCGUCUGCUACUUGGUGCGGAGCCAUUGAGUUCCACAUGAUAGGUAAAGCCAAAGUCAAGUGGGAGGAUGGAGACGACGGCGAAGGCAACAAGAAGCAGUAUAAAGACUCUGAAGAAUAUUUCAACUAUAAGACGAACCUCUGGUCACCUAGAGCUUCUGAGAAACUGUCGGCCGGGAACCAUGCAUGGCCUUUUAAUUUCCAGCUGCCGCUGAACAUCCCGUCUUCUUUUGAAGGCACCGCGGGCUACAUCCGCUACAGCAUCGCGGCUAAAACAUAUAUCUCCAUGGGGUUUGAUAAGAAGCACAAGUUUUACAUCAGCAUAAACUGCCCUCUUGACCUCAACUCUUCCUACUUAGCAAAAGCGCCGCUGGUGAUCCAGACCACUGACACGUCGUGCUGUCUGUGCUUUUCGAAAGGUCCUAUCAACAUCAACAUGAGGUGUGAGCACUCGGGGGCUGUGGUGGGGGAGGCGUACCGCAUUAGGGGGGAGGUGGCCAACAACGGUUCUAAGGAGGUGAUAUCGGCGAUGGCCUCACUUUACCAGCACGUGACGUACCGUGUGAGGUCACACAAGAAGACGAGCAAGAGCCUCGUGGUGGAGAUACAGAGAGGCCCCGUGGCCCCCGGGGACAGCCUCUUCUUCGAGGACGAGCCCCUGGUGGUGCCCCCCGUCGUGCCGGGGCUCCAGCACUGCAGGAUUAUGGACCUAAAAUAUGUGCUCAAGGUGGUGGCAAGUUUCAGCUGUUGUAACGACAUCUCGGGCGAAGCUGACUUUGUUGUGGGUACGGUGCCUUUCAUGGUAGAGGGCGCCAUGCAGGACCUUCCGCCUAGCGCUCCUUAUGACGGGUCAUCUUAUAACUCCAUUGAUCCGCCUCCUGCUUCAUCAACCUUUUUUGUGACCUCAAUGACUCAAGAUUUUCCAGCUACUCUAUUUACAACUGAUACGUACAACCAAUCUGCUUCAACGGCCUUCGAUGUACACGAGUCACGAGAUGAUGCUCCUUCUUACCCCUCUGAUGAUCCGCCCCCGUAUGCCGCUAAUGACACUUGCUUGAACCUUGAAAAGAAUAGUACCCAUCCAAAUGCUCCAUGUGUCCCUGGUUCAGAUUCAUCUUCCACAGCAAACUCUGCUUUUGUGGGUGACGGUGUCGCAGCUCUUUCUCCAGGUUUCAUUCCUGUUGGUAAUUCCAUGGACGGUUCAGGCCCAGCAAAUCAAGGAACUUUGAAUCCGUUCCCCAACAAGUAUCCUCCCAAAACUGCGCGUUGUCAUUUCUGCGUGAAUUUACGAAAACGACUGGACACCAAAUCCCCUGCCCCAUCCUACCUCACCUACAAAGGUUGCUUCUAACCAAUCUUUUCAUCAAGAGUAUAUUAAAAAUCAUCACGGAUGAUUUUUAAUUAAACGCAAGAAUAUUGAAUUCGUGCGACGUUCACCAGCUAUUUAUUCCUCACUAUUAUACGAGGUCUUUUAUCAUAUAACCUAUUUUUUCGUAAUGUUCCUACUUCAAGACUAAAGGAAAACUACUCUUGCUAGUACAUGCAGGCUCUUGCUUACAUGAAACAUAACCACCUGAAAACAUUUCUCAAUAUUCAUAUCUCUGACUAGAAUUUGUUUGAGAAUCGAUAUUUGUAAUCAUUUACUAAGAUGUUCAUAUCUUCCGUCCCUUCUCCUCAAUGUGACAUGGGAAACGAAAUCUUGAUGUUUAUUUCACCAUUUUAUAAAGAUUUUAUUAAUAUAAUUGUUAGAAAUAUAGUAGGAUGUGUACGAGUUUCGUAACGCUUCCAAAAAACAAUUUUGUAUUUCUGGUAAAUAAUUGAUAAUAUUGAAAGCGGAAUCGACGAAAACCUUUAGCCUAUCAAUUAAACCUUGAAAAAUAACCCAUUUUUAAAUUUUUAUUAUAUUACACUUAUAUUCCAAAACGUGGAGUAAUUCUAUCAGUCUGAUGAAAGAACUUCGUCUGGUACUUCUUGUGCUUAAAAAUUACAUAUUUUUAUAUAUAUAUACAUCAAAAUUGUCAUUGGCGUCCAUCGCAGACACCCGUGGAUGGCAAUAAGAAGACGGUUCAUUUCUAACUGUUUGCUUCAUAUUGUGGGUCCAUCUUCAUGUUCAGUUCUCUGCACAUACAGAAAGGCAUAAGAUGGCGGGACACACAUUAUUAUAAAAUAAAUAAAUCUACAGGUUAUUCGGUUACGCUUGACCAAGUAAAUCACUCAACAAUUCCUUCAUAUUCUACCUUGGCUAAUGUACACUUAAGAUCGAGUUCUUCCAUGUUCUACUUUGGCUAAAUGUAGUCGUACUUUAUUGAAAAAGAAAAUUAGCUACUGCAGUAUUAAACGAUAUUAAAUUAAGAUCCUUUCCUGCUUCAGAAUAAUAUAACGGUCAAGGAGAUGCAGUGCAAACUGACUGGUUAAGUAUAACAGGCAAAAGAAUGAAAAUGGCGAGUGAUUUAUGGGAAAUUAUAACAAUGUCGAUAUUACAUGAAAGGCUGGAAAAUUAUUAUCCGAAAACCAAUGCCGGACCAAAAACGGCAAUAUUGACCAGGACAAAUCUCAGCUGAUAGAAUAGUGAUCAGCGACAAUGUAAAAAGUCACCAAAAAUAUUUCAAGAUCAUUCACGAAAUGGUACUAAAAAUUGCAAAUAUAUUAACAAAAUUGGGUGCCGGAAAAAGGUAAAGCAGCACAUACAUACAUUACAAAGUGGUAGGUUGUUGAGAGCAAAAUGAGGUAACUUUCAACUGCGUGAUAUUGGCUCACAUAAUAAAUUAGUCAGAUGAAACUUCACUAUUCACGUAGGUAAUUCAGACAUAGAGAAUAAUGCCAAGUUAAUUCAGAAAUAUUGUAUCACGGUAUAUAUUUCAUUUGAUCAGAACUUAAACGUCUCAAUUCUCUCAAAAAUAGGUCCCGUAUGAUGAGCCAUAUUGAAAGAAAAAUUUAACACCUGCGGUACUGGAUUCAACAUGCACCAUGCAUGCACCAGUUCUUACAAAAACAGGUCCCAUAUGCUAUACUCUAUUCUAAGAUUGAACACACGAGCUACUGAUCAUAAUUGAUUUUCCCUUUCUUCAUUUACUUUUUCUACGUGUCACUUCAGUUAAAUGUUGUCCUCAUGACGGAAAACGCCGUAUUUAUGCCGCCGAAAAAGUCAAGCUAACUCCGAAAUACGGGUUGGCCGUGCAUAUGCGGAUACAAAUUAAAAUUCUAAUGCUGGGUUUUCUUAAGGCACAAAAAUCUUAAUUUGAUCAUCCACAAAAGUUUAUGAGAUUCGUAUCUCUUUGAAUAAGAAAUUCUGAAAGCUAGAGAAAGAAAGUCUGCCAAAUUUUGGAUCUUGCUGGUAUACAUAUUUUGAUAUAUUAUAAGAUGAGGCAUUUGUUGCUCAUGGAUGUUUGAUUUUUUAAUAGUUAUAAUUCUCAUAAGUCACCUCUCAGUUCCAUUCUUGAUGUUUGACAUGAUUGUAAAAUCAGGCUGGUAAUUCAAUAUUGAAUGAAUGAACGAUAUUCUUCACUUGAAAUACUUUGUGGCUUGCUGUUUAUUUUUAUAAACGCGUUACCUGGAGCAUAAAGUAUAAUUGCAUAAAGUAUAAGUUAUUUGCAUAAAGUGUAAGUUAUUUGCAUAAAGUAUAAGUGAUAAAUUACCCAAUAUUGAUUGAUCAAACGAAAAUCUAUAAAUCAUUAUAUAUGUCUGGAACCUUUUGCUAGUGAGAUUCAUCAUCAGAAUCCCCAGAUAUCCAGAUAUACGGAGAUGAAGAUAAAGGGAUUUCUGAAAAAAAUAAAUGAUAAAGAUAUAUGA